AGGCAACUCCGAGGCUCCCAUAAAGCGCGGCACGCACGGAGCGAGCGCCCCGGCGCCGGUGCGCGGGGAACAAUAAGUGCUGAAGUUACCUGCCCUGCCGGGAGGAAGGAGGGUUUGUUGGUUCUCUCGCAGACAUCUGCAAACCGGUGCUUUUUUGGAAGAGAUUUUUUUUUCUUUUUUUUUUCUCUCUUUAGAAACCACAAACGGAUGUGAGGCAGGGAAGGUGUUUCUUUGACUGCCGAAGUCAGGCACCUCUUUUUUUUUCUUUUUUUUCUUUUUUUUUCAUUCUUCUCAGCCCUGUUGUGUGCACCCCCCUCCCCUCGCGCGCACACACGCACACGCACCCCUUUUUGCACCAACAACGUUAACAGCCCAAAGACAAGGAGAGGAGUUUGCUUGAUGUUUGAGUGAAAUGGACGUAAGAUUUUAUUCACCACCUCCUCAGCCUGCGGCCGCUCCUGAUACGCCUUGUUUGGGACCUUCCCCUUGCCUGGACCCCUACUAUUGCAACAAGUUUGACGGUGAGAACAUGUACAUGAGUAUGACAGAGCCAAGCCAGGACUAUGUGCCAGCCAGCCAGUCUUUUCCUGGCCCAAGUCUUGAAAGUGAAGAUUUUAACAUACCUCCAAUCACUCCUCCGUCAUUGCCUGACCAUUCACUGGUGCACUUGAAUGAAAUAGAGUCUGGAUAUCACUCUCUGUGUCAUCCAAUGAACCAUAAUGGCCUCCUUCCAUUCCACCCACAAAACAUGGAUUUACCUGAAAUUACAGUUUCCAACAUGCUUGGCCAAGACGGGACACUGCUUUCCAAUUCGCUCUCUGUGAUGCAAGAUUUACGGAAUACAGAAGGAGCCCAGUAUAGUUCCCAUCCUCAGAUGGCAACCAUGAGGCCAAGGGUUCAACCUGCAGAUAUUAGGCAGCCAGGAAUGAUGCAGCACGGGCAGCUGACUACUAUUAACCAGUCCCAGCUCAGUGCACAGCUUGGUUUGAAUAUGGGUGGAAACAAUGUUCCUCACAACUCACCCUCUCCACCUGGAAGCAAAUCUGCAACUCCUUCACCAUCCAGUUCAGUCCAUGAAGAUGAAGGAGAAGAUAGCUCUAAGGUUAAUGGAGGAGAGAAGAGACCUGCUUCAGAUAUGGGAAAGAAGCCCAAAACUCCUAAAAAGAAAAAGAAGAAGGACCCAAAUGAGCCACAAAAGCCUGUGUCUGCCUAUGCAUUAUUCUUCCGAGACACUCAAGCAGCCAUCAAGGGCCAAAACCCCAAUGCUACUUUUGGUGAAGUCUCUAAAAUUGUAGCUUCAAUGUGGGAUGGCUUAGGAGAAGAACAAAAACAGGUAUACAAAAAGAAAACUGAAGCUGCCAAGAAGGAAUAUCUGAAGCAGUUAGCUGCCUACAGAGCAAGCCUUGUAUCCAAGAGCUACAGUGAGCCUGUUGAUGUCAAAGCCUCCCCACAGCCUCAGAUGAUGAAUUCAAAGCAGUCAGUGUUUCAUGGGUCUGCCCAGACUCACUCAGCACUGUAUCUCAGCUCCCACUACCACCAACAACCAGGAAUGAAUCCUCACAUCACUGCUAUGCAUGCCAAUAUCCCCAGGAACAUAGCACCCAAGCCCAACAACCAAAUGCCAGUGACUGUUUCCAUAGCAAACAUGGCUGUGUCCCCACCACCACCACUUCAGAUCAGCCCUCCUCUGCACCAGCAUCUCAACAUCCAGCAACACCAGCCAAUUUCAAUGCAGCAGUCCAUUGGAAACCAGCUACCGAUGCAGGUCCAGUCUGCUUUACAUUCACCAACAAUGCAGCAAGGAUUUACUCUUCAGCCUGAUUAUCAGAAUAUCAUCAAUCCAACAUCAACGGCUGCACAAGUUGUUACCCAAGCAAUGGAGUAUGUUCGUUCAGGGUGCAGAAAUCCUCCAGCACAGACUGUGGACUGGAAUAAUGACUACUGCAGUAACGGGGGCAUGCAGAGGGACAAAGCACUCUACCUUACCUGAAAAUCUGAAACACCUCUCCUUUCCACUGAGGAAUGCAGGGAAGUCUUUUCAUCAUGGAUUGCUUUAUGCAGUCAAGGCAGUUCUGCAUUUUAUUACAAAAUACAAGUUGCUAAGCACUUAGGACUAUCUGAGCUUGUGGGUCACCCACUCUGGAAAAAUAGUCUUGCUUCUUUCUUUUUCUUUCCCUCCCCCCAUUUUGUUUCUCAUUCUUUCUUUCUGCUUUCCACCCCCACCCUGAGAUUCUGUAACGGACAUUGCGUUUCUUCUUCCCCGAAGGAAACUUGGACCAUUCAGAUUUUAUGUUGGUUUUUGCUGUGAAGUGCUGCGAUAGUAACUGCCUUAGCAACUGUAGAUGUCUCGGAUAAAAGUCCUGGAUUUUCCAUUGUUUUUUCAUAAUGGGUGUUUAUAUGAAACUACUAAAGACUUUUUAAAUGGCUUGAUGUAGCAGUCAUAGCAAGUUUGUAAAUAGCAUCUAUGUUACACUCUCCUAGAGUAUAAAAUGUGAAUGUUUUUGUAGCUAACUGUAAUUGAAACUGGCUCAUUCCAGUUUAUGGAUUUCACAAAAAGGGUUAAAUUGGCAAACAUUCAUAUUUUUACUUCAUUUUUAAACAACUGACUAAUAGCUCUAUAUUUUCAAACUAUUUGGAGAAAAAAAAAAAAAAAAAUAUUCCCAAAUGAUAUUAGUUAAAAUAUUGGCUGUGUCUCAUGAAAUAAACACAAAAACGAGAGGGAAACCAGUGUUGAUAAAGAGCAAACACAUUUAUUUUGUACUGCCUAAAAACGCUUCUUUUUUAAAAAGAAAAUCACUUUAUGUGUACUGGUUAGUAAAUGUCAUUAAGUCCUUUUAUGUAUAAAACUGCCAAAUGCUUACCUGAUAUUUUAUUAGAUGCAGAAACAGAUUGGAGACAGCUAAAUUAUAAUCUUUACAUAUGGCUAUGUAUUGUUUCUUCAUACUGUGUCUGUAUUUAAUCUUUUUUUAUGGAACCUGUUGCGCCUAUUUAUGAAAUAAUAAAUAUAGGUGUUUGUAAGUAAAUUUGUUAGCAUUUUAAAGAGGUUUCUUUGAUGCUUUAACUUUUGCUGGCACAAAUCGUUCACAAUUGAUGUGAAUACUUUAUUUAGUUUUUACAGUGACAUAUAUAACGCCAAACCUGCUUUUCUGGCAGAAAAUGAAGGUAACCAAUACUUAUUUCUGUAUUUCUUUGGUUGCUAAGGGAAGAAAAUAAACAAUGGUAUUUUAAGUAAUUCCCUUUUUAAAGUGUUGUAGCAAGAAGUCACCCAAAAGUAAGGCUUGAUCCAACAAAACUAACUGUAUAAAGCUGCAUAGUGCUACUUCUUCAAACUUCAUCAGUUUGGAUUAAUUAGUCAAGUGGAAUAAAAGCGUUACCAACAGAAAUAUUACCCAGUAUGCUUCAGCCAUUUUAUUAUGCAGGCAAAAAUUCCUACAGUGUUUUCAGGAGAGUAUCACAAAUAUAUCCUGAAGUGAAAAGUAAGUUAAAUAGACACAGAGAAAGGGAUUUAAAAUAAAUAAAUAAAUAGAUAGAUAAAUAAAUAAGUAAAUCCAAAAGAAGGCAUCUUGUCAAUGCUUUUGAUCAGGGAGAGAUCUGAAAAUGAUUUUCUGGAUGAUGCUGGAUGCCUGUCCAAGUAAUAGAGAGUAUUGCUGAUUUGUGUUGUCCACGGGAAAUGAAGAAAGCAACUCAGAAUUAAUAUGAAUUAUGCAAUGCCAUUGAUUUAAAAAAAAAAAAAAAAAAAAAAAGGAAAACAGAAACAAA